GGAGGAUCUGCUCUCACCUCAAAGAAGUCGCUGGCUGAAUAAUUCUCUCCGGCCUGUUCCUGGGGCUGUAUGAGCAGAAAACUCUGCUGGUUUACAUUGAGGGAGAGGAAGCAGCGAGCAGACCAUAUUGCGCAGGUGCAACAGAAAGGAGUUGCAUUCAGCUGAGCGCUCCAUUCAAAAGGGAAACCAGUAGUGACAGAGAUGGAGCAGGGAGCAUGAGCAACCUCCCCAUUUGGCACGGCCAGAUUCCUUUGGGUACGAGUACGUAAUGCGUUGGAAGGCCCAGACUGAGACGGAUAAGCAUCAGCGAGAACAAGUAGAGAACAACCUCAAAAAAGCCCGAGAGAAGCUGGAGAUGGAAAUGAAGGCAGCUUGUAGAGAGCACAAGCUCAUGCGCAUGCGGGAAGAAUUAAUGAGGCUCGAGGAAGACCUGAGGACCAUGGAGGAGCUGGAUAACCAGCGGGUGCAGAAUCGUCAACUGCGGGCAGUCAGGCAAGAGCUCGAACGCAGGCGCCAUGAGGGAAUGAUGACAAGACAACAUGAGAGAGCCAUGAGGGACUUCUCUGGUGCGAGGGACCGUCUCCAUAUGCGAAUGGGGCAGAUGGGCAUGGCAGGCAGGGACGACCGAGGGACGUUGGGAGCCCCCAGCGUCCCAGCAGGGCCACCACCUACACCUGGUCCCGGGACAACAACGCCUGAGAGAGCCAUGGAAAUGCCCGAGGACAAGGAGUGAGACCUUCCACUUCAAGACAAGUGCUGACCGUGGAGCCCCUCACCAAUUCUCAGCCACGCAGCAACAAUGUUAGAAAUGCUGUUUAACAUAUAUAUUUUUUAAACAAUAUGUUUUCAACCCUUUACAAAAGAUAUCUUUAAAGCUUUUUUGUUUGUUUUUAAAGCUGUUUUGUUUUGAAUGCAUUUUAAGGUCCUUUUUAUGAUGUUUAAGGUGUUUUUAGCAUUUUUGUUUGCCGCCCUAGACUCCUGCUGGGAGGAAGGGCGGGACAUAAAUGAAAUAAUAAAUAAAUAAAUAAAUAAAUAAAUAAUGAA